GCGAUCGUCACGAAGCGAUUUUUCGGCCAACCGCAUUCGGGCACCGCGACAUCUUCAACUAUACAUCAUCCGAGUCCACCCACUCUCGUCUCCCUGCAAACAUGGCGAAAAAGAAGCAGUUUCUGCAGCAAGCCAAUCUCAAGCAAUCCGCGCACCAAGGCAAGCGCAAGCAGCCUGAGCCGCAAACCGAAGAUGACUUUCUAGAGGCCGCCGAUGAAUUUGAGAAGAGCGGCGGCAAGUGGCGUGCAGGCGAUGCGGCCAAGGCGGCACGCUUCUUUCAGAGGGCUGUGGAUGCCUAUGCUGCCGGCUUGCAGAAGUUUCCAUCGUCUUUUGAUCUCGCAUACAACAAGGCACUCCUUGAGUACCAAAUAACCCAAGACGUGCGCAUUGCCGCGCAACUCGGCCACCCGCUCAUCGACCUUCAGCGACAAGCCCUAUCGUCGCACGAGCUGGCCCUCCGCCUCGACACCACCAACACGGAUGUCCUCUUCAACACCGCUCAGACCCUCUCAGAUCUCGCCGAACAUGCCCCCAAGCCCGAGGCUACGCAAGCACUGCAGCGCGCCGUCGGCCUCAUGCGCCAGUGUCUGCAGCGCCAGGUCUCUGAUUACGAGGAGCUGCAGGCCGCAUUUGCAGCUGCCAAUGCCGGUGCUGACGCCGGUGUCGGUGCGCCGUCGUCUGCCCCGGGGAAGUCUGCGGCCUCCGCGCCUGGUAAUUCGAACGAGGAGUAUGCCGUUGUUGAAGAAGCUGUCUCAGAGCGCGAUAUUCUGGACUCUGUCUUCGCACUUACGCACAUGGCCGCGGAGCUGGUCGGCUUACUCGACGCACAGCAGCUCGACGCCGCGCAGACGGAUGUCGAGUUCACGAUGGGCCUGUACGCGGCAGGCGGGCUGGAGACGUACAUUGAGCGGCUAGACCGGACAGUGCCGGAAGCCGCCCCCGCAACCCCCACGCUUUCCCUAACGCUUAGUCUCUCCGCCCCACAACAACCGCGCCACCAAACGCAACAGCAACAAAGCCCCCACGCCCUCGCCCUCGCCGAAGCACAUCUCGCACACGCCGUCCUCACCGCCGCCGUCGCAGACGCCCAGUUCCGCUGCGCGGCCCUCUCUCCGCUCUCCUACUACCGCCGCGUCCUCCGCGCCUUCACGCGCACCCCCGCCCUCGCCGAACCCGCCGGCCCCGCCAUCGAGCCCACCACGGCAACCGACGCGCGCUGCGCCCUCGCGGACGCCCUCCUAGCCUAUGCCGCCGCGACCGCGCCUGACCCCGCCACCCCACCAAAGGCGGCACUGGCAGCGCUGGCGGAGAAGUGGGCGCGGAGCGGACUGCCCGCGCAGCUUGCACCUGCUGAAGCGGCGGAGACGGCACCGGUGCCUCUUGCGGCUUUGCUCCCCAACGACGCGGCAGCGGCCGACGCGCUUGACGCGGCCGAUCCCGCCAUUCCCUCCGCUGCUCUCCACACCGACGCCCUAUGCCGCGCGCUCCUGGCCCUGCGCACCGCGACGCUCCAGCUCGCGGGCCUUGCGGCGGGUGAAGCGGAAGCGCGCGCGAAGCUGCCGCAGCUGCGUCUCUCGGCCGGAGACGCGCGUUGGCGACUGCGCAACGCCGGGCUCGCGCUGGCAGAGAGGGCAGGGUCAGAGGCAGAGCGGGAGGAGCAGGUGAAGACGGCGCGGCGGGAGGCGCUGGCCGCGGAGGGGGAAUGGGCACGGGCAAAGACGGAGGGGAUGGGCGUGGGCAUGGAGUGUGCGGAGGAAGUUUUGGAGGAGGUAUGGCGCGAGAUGAGGGAGGAGAAGAUGGUAUUUGAGGGAGAGGGGGAGGGCGUGCUGGCGUGAGAUAAGUACAGUACCUAAGACAGAAUGAUGGAGGAUUGUAUGCAUGUAUGCGUGGAAGGAUGACGGAAGUAAGAUCGGAACCCAUGAUGGAGGAUCUGUAGCAACCCUGCCGAUAAGCAGCCAGGCCGUCAGCUGGCUAGCUUUCGUGAGACGACGGCGGUGCAACACAGCGGAGCGCAGCGGAA